AUGGGGAGCCCCCGGGCCGCGCUGCUGCUGCUGCUCCUGCGCCCGGCCAAGCUGCUGCGGAGGCGCUUCCGGCUGCUGCUGGCGCUCGCCCUGGUGUCCGUGGGGCUCUGGACUCUGUAUCUGGAACUGGUGGCGUCGGCGCAGGUCGGCGGGAACCCCUUGAACCGGAGGUAUGGCAGUUGGAGAGAACUGGCCAAGGCACUGGCCAGCAGGAAUAUCCCGGCUGUGGACCCACAUCUCCAGUUCUACCGUCCCCAGAGGCUGAAUCUCAAGGACCAAGAAGUCGACCGAGAUGGGAGCAGCAACAGGAGCUACCUGAAGUGGAACAAGCCUGUCCCCUGGCUCUCAGAGUUCCGGGGCCGGGCCAACCUGCACGUGUUCGAGGACUGGUGUGGCAGCUCCAUCCAGCAGCUCAGGAGGAACCUGCACUUCCCACUGUACCCCCACAUCCGCACAACCCUGAGGAAGCUGGCUGUGUCCCCCAAAUGGACCAACUACGGCCUCCGUAUCUUUGGCUACCUGCACCCCUUCACUGACGGGACAGUCCAGUUUGCCAUCGCUGCAGAUGACAACGCUGAGUUCUGGCUGAGCCAUGAUGACCAGGUUGCAGGCCUUCAGCUGCUGGCCAGUGUGGGCAAGACUGGAAAGGAGUGGACCGCCCCCGGAGAGUUUGGGAAAUUUCGGAGUCAAAUUUCCAAGCCGGUGAGCCUGUCAGCCUCUCACAGGUACUACUUUGAGGUACUGCACAAGCAGAAUGACCAGGGUACUGACCACGUGGAGGUCGCGUGGCGGAAGAGCGACCCCGGGGCCAAGUUCACCAUCAUUGACUCCCCUUCCCUGUCCCUCUUCACAAAUGAGACGGUCCUCAGGAUGGACGAGGUGGGCCACAUCCCACAGACAGCAGCCAGCCACACAGGCUCUGCCGACUCCCACCCCCGAGAUGAGCAGCCCCCCGCCGAUAUGCUGCGGCCUGACCCCCGCGACACCCUCUAUCAAGUGCCUCUGAUCCCCAAGUCUCACCUCCGCCACGUGCUGCCCGAUUGUCCCUACAAACCCAGCUACCUGGUGGAUGGGCUUCCCCUGCAGCGAUACCAGGGACUCCGGUUUGUGCACCUGUCCUUUGUGUACCCCAAUGACUAUACCCGCCUCAGCCACAUGGAGACCCACAACAAAUGCUUCUAUCAGGAAAACGCCUACUACCAGGACAGGUUCAGCUUUCAGGACUACAUCAAGAUCGACCAGCCUGAGAAGCAGGGGCUGGAGCGGCCAGGUUUGGAGGAGGACCUUCUAGAAGAAUCCCAGUAUGAAGACGUGGCAGAGGAGACCCCUGCCUCCAACGCUCGGCAUACCGCCAUGCCAGAGGGCAAAGAGACACCUGCCGCCAGCCCCGAGCAGGAGGCCACGGACUACCGGCUCCGGAGCCUGCGGAAGCUCCUGGGCCAGCCCCAAGCCGGCCUGCUGGCUCCCUUCUCCAAGUGGAACUCCACGCCCUUCCUGGGGAGGCCUGGGGACCUCCGGGCCCAACUACCCCAGGAGAGGAAGAGGAGACCCCGCCCCGCGCCUAGCCCCGGCUCGCCUCCUGUGAACAGGUGGCCCCCGGGGCGCCUGGCACGGAGCCUGCCUCAGAGGAAGAGGCCCAGGCCCACCGCGGCCGGCCCCGGGAAGACGCUCGGGCAGGCCCAGUGGCUGAGUCAGGUGGAGUCGUACAUUGCAGAGCAGAGGCGGGGUGACGGGGCGGAGCCGCAGGCCCCCGGGCCAGCUUGGCGCGGGGAGGAGCCGGUGGUGGCCGCUGCUGGCUUGGAAGAGCAGACCGAGGCGGAGGAAGAGGGGGAAGCGGAGGAGGAGGAGGAAGAGGAGAUGAGUGAGGUGUUCGAAUACGUACCGGUGUUUGACCCGGUGGUCAACUGGGACCAGACCUUCAGUGCCCGCAACCUUGACUUCCAAGCCCUGAGGACCGACUGGAUCGACCUGAACUGUAACACAUCCGGCAACCUGCUGCUCCCGGAGCCGGAGGCGCUCGAGGUGGCGCGCGUCUUCCUGAAGCGGCUCAACCAGCGGAGCCGGGGGAGGUACCAGCUGCAGCGCAUCGUGAAUGUGGAGAAGCGACAGGACCAGCUCCGUGGGGGGCGCUACCUCCUGGAGCUGGAACUGCUGGAACAAGGCGGGCGGCUGGUGCGGCUCUCGGAGUAUGUGUCUGCACGAGGCUGGCAGGGAAUCGACCCAGUCGGUGGGGAGGAGACCGAGGCCCGGAACCUGCAGGGCCUGAUCUGGAGCCCACACAACCGUCAGGGACAGGUCCUGAACGUCCGUGCCCCAGAGCCCAAGCUGUGCUGGCCCCAGGGUUUCUCCUGGAAUCACCGUGCGGUGGUCCACUUCAUCGUGCCUGUGAAGAACCAGGCACGCUGGGUGCAGCAGUUCAUUAAAGACAUGGAGACACUGCUGCAGACCACCGGCGACCCGCACUUCAACGUCGUCAUCACUGACUACAGCAGUGAGGACAUGGAUGUCGAGAUGGCCCUGCAGAGGUCCAAACUGCGCAGCUACCAGUACAUGAAGCUAACUGGAAACUUUGAGCGCUCGGCUGGACUUCAGGCUGGCAUUGACCUGGUGAAGGACCCUCACAGCAUCGUCUUCCUCUGUGACCUCCACAUCCACUUCCCAGCUGGAGUCAUUGAUACCAUCCGGAAGCACUGUGUGGAGGGCAAGAUGGCCUUUGCUCCCAUGGUGAUGAGGCUGCACUGCGGCGCCACGCCCCAGUGGCCUGAGGGCUACUGGGAAGUGAACGGAUUUGGACUGCUUGGCAUCUACAAGUCCGACCUGGACAAGAUCGGGGGCAUGAACACCAAGGAGUUCCGGGACCGCUGGGGCGGGGAAGACUGGGAGCUGCUGGACAGGAUCCUCCAAGCCGGCCUGGAAGUGGAGCGACUUUCCCUCAGGAAUUUCUUCCACCACUUCCACUCCAAGCGCGGCAUGUGGAACCGCCGGCAGAUGAAGAUGCCGUGAGGCCGGGCGCGGCCCACGGACCCACCACUUCCUGCCCCUGGCCUUGAGGUUGCUCCCCAGGGCCCCUGCUGGCCGCUGCAGGAGGGUGCACAAGGCGGGCAGAAGCCACGGCUGGACCCUCAGAGGCCUCCCAGGGCCAGGCGCUGAGGCUCCUGUCCCCGGCCCUGGGCCUGCAGAAGGGAGGACUUUGGAGAGAGGCCGGAGGGGCACUUGCUCGGUACCAGAGAAGGCCAGGACGCUCAGGUCAGGAAGGAGACACCUGCCUGAGGACCCCCCCAGCCCCCCACCCCACCAGCUGCUCCUCGAGGGUGCAGCCCCACAUGCCGCGGGGCCCUUCCCAUGGAGUGCUGACUGGGACUUGGAAGCUUCUACUGGACAUAUUUUAUGUGGGGGGAGGGCUGUAUUUUUGUUUUUAACCAGAGAACCAAACUGCUGUGUAGAGCCAGCCUUGACUGUGAGAGGGGCUGGAGUGGGUGUCCCCCCCCCCCCCCGCCACCACGUGUGUCCCUCUCUGAGGCUGGCUGUGUGGGAGACAGUCCUCAGCUCUUGCCCAGGCUCGUGCCUUCCAGAGACACACAGCUCUCCCAGGAGCCACCAGGCAGCUGUCCCUUCCCCUCUCAGUGGCUUGGGGGCAGGGCUCUGCCCUCCCCCGGCGCCCACUGGGGCAGGGUGAACAGGAGAGCAAAGAGGGUAUUGAUGAAAUCUGUGGGCUCCCCUUGGGUGGGAGAGUGAGAAGGGAAGAGGAAACUCAGUCUUCCCAACCCUGCACCUCCUGCCCUGGGGAAGAGGGAGCGGGCGAGAGGUCUGGGGCGCUGAGGAAGAGGAUGGGACGGAGCAGUUUCCGGGGGGAGAUGGCCUUGGCUUUCUCUAUCCCGGGGAACCGGAUGAUCACGCACAUGUGUUGCCCUAGUGGUCCCCAGCUGCUCCAGUGGCUGGGGUCGCCGCCGCCGCUGCCGCUGCUGCUACUGCUGCUGCCGCCUCUGACAGGUGCACCAGGGGUGCAUCAGACGUGGGCCCUUGCACGCCAGUCUGUUGAGGGAGGUGGGCCCUGUGGAGAAGGCUGAUGAUGGGAGGUGAGGCCACAGGGCUGAGCCCAGGCUCCCCGUGGGAAAGCGUUGUGGCUGCUGGUCCACCAGGUGGGCCUUGCAUUCACCAAGAGCGUGGGCUCGGUGUAGGGGAGGGAGGACUCCCACAAGGGAGGACUUCCCUUGGAUGGAGCCAGGAAGGAUGAAGGCUUUUCCAAGAACUGGCCGUGCCUGCCCCCUGUGCUGUGGCCGUCCUGCUGCCCGCUCAGGCCUCCAGCCCUCUGGGCUCACUGGGAACUGACCGCGGCUGCACUAGUCUCACUGCGGUGUCAGGUUUCUUCCUGGGCCUCCCGCUUUCUAGAACGUUGCUUUGGAAGGCCUGGAGCGGCCCCGCCCCCACCUCCUGCCUCACUCGGUAGCCCGGAGCCAGCCCCAGCCACCCGGCCCCGCCCUCACGGCCAGUCCCCAGGCCAGUGCCUUGCGUUUGCAGUGUCUUA